AUGGAAGACGUCUGGGGCAAUGCAUGGAGCGACACUGCUGAUUCCUCCCGUAGCUCACAGACUGCUAAUUCUCUUUGGACCACUAAACCAAGGUCACAGCUUGACGAUGAUGAAGCUGAUAUUGCUAUGCCAUCCUGGGCUACAGGCACUGGAAUAAACUGGGACGAGCCCUCAGAACACCCUGCAUCGCUCUGGUCGCAAGGGGCCACCUCCCCUGGCUGGUCCCCUGCGAACCCGUAUAGCAGCUUCGCCAUUGGAAAGUCACGCUCUCCAGAACCUUCAGAACCCUCUCGAUCAUCAACCGCAAGGGUAUCGGAUGAAUCACAGUCAUCGCCAGCGUCUCCAACAUCUUCUGCUCAUGACGAACGCCCUUCAUCUCCAAGUACUAUCGAGGAAGAGUCUCAAGGCGUUAUACCUCAGCCAUCAUCUCCUAUGCUAUCUACUCCCUCUACCCCAGAUGGUUUUGGCGGAUUUGAAACGGCGCUCGCAGCAAAGGACACUGAUGCGUGGAGCACUCCUUCUGAAAGCUUCAAAGUCGAUGUCGACGGGGCUAAUACAUGGGCCUCAGCGUGGGCAGAACCGCAAACGUCCACAUCUACCACGGGCGAGCAGGAGGCUGUAGAUGAAUGGGAAGCUGCUAAGAGAGAAAAGGAGGCAAUGGACCGCAGGGUGCCUCCCGAAUUACUUGCGAACAUCCUUCAGCAGGUGGAGGAGGUCUCGAAAGAAGUUUGGCCUGAGCCUGAAAACUUGGAAGAAGAUCAGGAGUGGCAGAAAAGGUUGCACGCCGGCAUGGACGCCGUGGACGGCCUCGAUGCUCUUAUGACCCGCUACUGUCCUGACAUGACAUUGCCACCAUUGAAGCCAUUUACGCAAAGUUUCACAGGAAAGGCGAUGGUAAACUCUAUAAAGCUCUCACGAAACAUCCUCCUCACGAAGAGCAGUCCUAUGUCAAACUUUUUGGCUGCGAAAGGGUCGACGGCAUGGGAGUUGUCUGUAAAAUCCCGGGUAGAAGUCGUUGAAGACGAAGUACCAGCUGGUUGGAGAAUUUUGGAAAAAGAUAAUGAAGAGAAGGUAGAGGAGAAAGGCAGGAAGAGCGGAAGCGGUUUGUUGGCAAGCUUGUGGAAUAGACGAGCGUCGAGUACGCGAGAGGCUUUGAAAGUCGCUUCUCCGGUGCAAGAGAUAACGGCAAAGAUCGAUGGGACUGUGCCCACGGCGCGGUCGAGCAUGGACAGCAUCAAGUCCUCCACAUCCGUGGCGAGCAAGGGAGCUUCUCCCAUCGCUUCUUCGUCUUCGCUUGCACACAGCCUUCCAACCGCUGCAGCUGGCUCAACAACACUCGCGACCUCUGGUCAGACCCCUCCGAUGAGCACCCCCAUGACAUCCUAUUCCGAUUCGGGUCUCCCAGCGUUUGAGCCGUUGACAUCGCCCUCGAGUGAUUCUUCUCAAGCCCCGUCAGCAGUCUCUCGCUUCUUCAACCGCUUCUCUAGGUCUCGCGUACCCUCCACUUCGUCACCACGGAAUUCUCUCGCGCUGUCCACAGAUGACCUCGAAUUUUUGACGGAUCUGGUCCCGAGCGCAAAUGAUGCCGAUGAUGCCGAUGGUGAGAAAGACCCUCAGUUGAGAGGUCUGGCCAGCAUGCUCGCGAGCAAGCCCAUUGGAGGGAAGCUGCCGGCCCCUUUACCUCCUCCGCCGUCUGCAUCGUCAGUAAUGAGGGCUCUUCCGUCAAAAGCGACCGGGCUAGGCACGACCCAGCAUCCAGGCGGCGACUCAACAUCUAUCCGUGUACGCUCCCCAAGCUUCCAUGCUAAGAGCCUAUCUCCUGUCGCAUCCACUUCCGCUUCCACGCUGCCUCCUCCCCUUGCUCCUACUUUGGCCCCGUUGACCCCUUCAUCGAGGUCCACGAGCCCGGCGCUGAUGCCCACCUCUCCUCAUAGCCAUGCCUCGAGGCCAUCCACACACCGCACUAGUCGGACGAACAGCCAUUCAUCGUUGUCGUCUGUAUUGUCAUCGCCGGCAGACGCCAAACCUAUGCCCUCUGCCCUACCCACAGCUCCGUUGACAACAUCAUCACGGAUGUUGGCAUCAGGAAUCAUCCCUCCCCCACCAAGCGUCGCGAGCUCGUCCCUUGUCAGCUCGCGUGCACAGACCCCAGCUUUCUUUCCCCCACCGCCCCCUACCAACAGACCGCUUCCAUCAUCUGAUGUUCCAGCACUGAUAUCACCUCUUUCGUCCAAGCACAUUCCUUCUGCGGUGAACAAUGUGCCAUCAGUAGCUGAGGCUUUUGACGACGACGACGAUUUCUCCGACUUCCACUCAUCAUUUCCCAAUCAGCCGCCCGUCUCAUCAUCAUUUCACGAUACCAGUUUCGCUUCCGCCGCCUCUGAUCGCCAGUCUUUCAUCCAGCCCCAGCCUCAGCCUCAAGGCGCACUUUCCAUCUUCCCCCGCAUCUCUACUGUACUCAAGACCACGGCAUCUCACAAGCCACAGCUGCUCGACGACUUCGACGAUUUUAGCUCCUUUGUCUCCUCUCCCAUCCGCUCCCCCAGCCCACCAAAGCCGCCGAAUAAGUCUGUGUCUCUCUUCGACCCACCCCCUACGUUCUUCCCGAUAACGAAGCCCACCCUUGCGCCUCUCCUUAAGCCGCCCCCGAAAUCUCCAUCCUCUCCUUCACGCUCGCCAACAGCAACGACGCCCACAAGCUCCCUCGCCCACCGCCGCAUGGGUUCCCAUGCCGCGGAACACCUGCAUACGCUCAACCUUGUCGAGCGUGCUGCCGCACGACCAGGGCGUUGGCCAGCACCGUUGUCGCCUUCGCCCGAGGCAAUCCCGCCGCCGCCCCCACCCGCAAGCUUCAGCGCCAUGAGCAGGGACCUGCUUGGCGACGACAUGGACCUUUUCGGUGGGCUAAAUGUGGGCGGCCAGCUGGGGACGUCGCCGCCGCCACCACCUUCCAUGCCGGUGAUGGGCCAAAUGGAGAAGACAGCGCCUCUGAUGCCGACACCUGCUCCUGCGCCUCCAUUACCACCUUCCUUGGCUCCUGCGCCUUUACUGCGACCUCCAGGGUCGGGCCCGGUAUCCUUCUUUCCACCAACCCCAGCACCCGCGGCUGUCUUCGUACCACAUCUACCCCCACCUCCUGUGCCGGUAUCAACGACGACGGGAACAACGGCUGCGGCUGCGCCAACGCAGCGCGAACCCAGGUGGUCGCCUGAGUCAACGCCCCUAGCGUUUUUGAUGAGUGCGAGCCCGCCGAAAUCUUCUGCCAUCGCAUCGCAGCCGAAGGGGGCUGGAGGACUGUCGGCGCAGGAUUUGAGUUUCUUCGAGGGUCUGUAA